AUGGGUAUCGAAGAUGCCGUUUACCUCGCCAAGCUCGCUGAGCAGGCUGAGCGUUACGAAGAAAUGGUAAACAAUAUGAAAGUUGUUGCUUCCGCUGAUAAAGAGCUUUCUGUUGAGGAGCGCAAUCUUCUUUCUGUUGCCUAUAAGAACGUCAUUGGCGCUCGCCGGGCUUCUUGGAGAAUUGUCACUUCUAUUGAGCAGAAGGAGGAAUCGAAAGGCAACGAGGCACAAGUGGUUCUUAUCAAGGAAUACCGCCAAAAGAUCGAAUCUGAACUUGCUGGUAUUUGCGAGGAUAUCUUGGAAGUUCUUGAUAAACAUUUGAUCCCUUCUGCCCAAAGCGGCGAAUCGAAAGUUUUCUACCAUAAGAUGAAGGGUGACUAUCACCGUUAUCUUGCCGAAUUCGCUCUUGGCGAUCGCCGCAAGAAGUCUGCAGAUAACUCUCUCGAGGCCUACAAGAACGCCACUGAGGUUGCACAGACUGACCUGGCUCCUACUCACCCCAUUCGCUUGGGCCUUGCUCUGAACUUCUCCGUUUUCUAUUAUGAAAUCCUGAACUCCCCUGACCAGGCUUGCCAUCUUGCCAAGCAGGCUUUUGAUGAUGCCAUUGCUGAACUUGAUACCCUGAGCGAGGAGAGCUACAAGGACUCCACGCUUAUCAUGCAGUUGCUCAGAGACAACUUAACCCUCUGGACUUCCUCUGAAGCCGAGCCAGCGCCUGAGUCUGCGGCUGCCCCAGCGACAACCUCAGAUCAACCCAAGGAAAGCACCCCUGCUGAGGAGCCCAAGGCUGCCGAGUAA